UAUCUUCAAUUUUGGAAGGGGAGUGGGGCGAAGGAACUGAACCGACAAGCUUGAGAUUCACACAAGAACAGAGCCCCAUUCCCAGUUCCCAUCCAUUUCUUCUCUGCGGAUCUGGGGAUUGCACUGCUCUGCUUCUCCUUCUGCUUCGGUCCGCCAUGGGAGGGGCAGCUGUUCGAUCCAAUACAUUAUGUGCAGUUAUCUUCUCCUUCACCUGCAUUUUGCUCUUUGCUCGAGGUGCACUCGGCUUCUACCUUCCCGGCGUCGCCCCGCAGGACUUCCAAAAGGGAGAUGAACUGAACGUGAAGGUGAACAAAUUGACUUCCAUAAAAACUCAGCUUCCUUACUCGUACUAUUCACUUCCAUUCUGUCGCCCGAAGAAGAUCGUCGACAGCAGAGAAAAUCUUGGAGAAGUUCUGCGUGGGGAUCGCAUUGAGAACUCUCCAUAUGUGUUCAAAAUGAGGGAGCCACAGAUGUGCAAUGUUGUUUGUCACAUGACCCUCGAUGCCAAAACUGCAAAAGAAUUCAAGAGCAAAAUCGAGGACGAUUAUCGAGUUAAUAUGAUUCUGGAUAAUCUCCCCUUGGUCGUUCCAAUUCCGAGAUCGGAGCCUGAAAGCCGCCCGAUUUACCAACUCGGAUAUCACGUCGGGUUGAAAGGCCGAUAUGCAGGCAGCAAGGACGAAAAGUAUUUUCUGCACAACCACUUGAGCUUCGUCGUCAAGUAUCACCUGGAUGACCUCACUGAUUCUGCAAGGAUCGUUGGUUUUGAAGUGACACCACAUAGUGUCAAGCAUGAAUUCCAAGGAAAAUGGACUGACAAUACGCCGUUAACUACUUGCGAUCCGAAGACGAAGCGCGUAGUCUCUUCUUCAACACCCCCUCAAGAGGUUGAUGAGAAACAGGAAAUAGUAUUCACCUACGAUGUCGAAUUCCAGGAGAGUCAAGUGAAAUGGGCUUCGAGAUGGGACACUUAUCUUCUCAUGACCGACGAUCAAAUCCAUUGGUUCUCCAUAGUAAAUUCUCUGAUGAUCGUCCUCUUCCUCUCCGGCAUGGUCGCCAUGAUCAUGCUACGAACCCUUUACCGCGACAUCUCAAAGUACAAUGAGCUCGAGACACAGGAAGAAGCCCAGGAGGAAACCGGCUGGAAAUUGGUCCACGGAGACGUGUUCCGGCCCCCAAUCCGAGCAGAUCUCCUCUGCAUCCAUGUCGGCACCGGCGUGCAGUUCUUGGGCAUGAUCCUCGUCACAAUGGCAUUCGCCGUGCUCGGAUUCCUCUCCCCUUCCAACCGCGGCGGCCUCAUGACAGCAAUGCUGUUCCUCUGGGUUUUCAUGGGGAUCUUCGCCGGCUACACUUCGUCGCGGCUCUAUAAAAUGUUCAAAGGAUCUGAAUGGAAGACGAUCGCCCUCAGGACAGCCUUCCUUUUCCCAUCCGUCGUCUUCGCCAUCUUCUUCGUCCUCAAUGCCCUCAUUUGGCGCCAGAAAUCCUCCGGCGCAGUUCCGUUUGGGACAAUGUUCGCUCUGGUCUUCCUAUGGUUUGGGAUCUCAGUGCCGCUCGUCUUCCUCGGCAGCUACACCGGAUUCCGAAAACCGGCGAUCGAACAUCCUGUGAAGACGAACAAAAUCCCUCGGCAGAUCCCGGAGCAGCCAUGGUACAUGAACCCUACCUUCUCCAUCCUGAUCGGAGGCAUUCUCCCGUUCGGAGCAGUGUUCAUCGAGCUCUUCUUCAUCCUGACGUCAAUCUGGCUGAACCAGUUCUACUACCUGUUCGGAUUCCUGUUCAUCGUCUUCGUCAUCCUCCUCAUCACCUGCGCGGAGAUCUCCAUUGUGCUAUGCUACUUCCAGCUUUGCAGUGAAGACUAUCUAUGGUGGUGGAGAUCGUUCCUGACGUCGGGAUCGUCGGCGCUGUACCUGUUCCUCUACGCAGGGUUCUAUUUCUUCACGAAGCUCGACAUCACCAAGGUCGUAUCCAGCGCGCUCUACUUCGGGUACAUGUUCGUCGCCUCCUACGCCUUCUUCCUCAUCACAGGUACCAUCGGAUUCUACGCCUGCUUCAUCUUCACCAGGUUAAUAUACUCCUCUGUCAAAAUCGAUUGAUUGUUUGAUUGAAUUGGAUUUGUUGGGUUGUUUGGUUUUGAGUUUUCGCUCUUUCCAUCCAUUUGUUGUAUGUUUUAAUAUACGGACAGACACAACUGUGUAGCUUUUGUUUUGCAUUGUAAUGCUAAGAGAUGAAGUACUGCAAUA